CCAAUGGAGACUAGUGUCCUCUACGUAACGGGCUUCACUGACGCAGCUUGACCCCCGAGCUGUCCUUGCCACCAAAAAAUUAAAAACCCCAAACAGCCUGUCGGCAACCGACCGCACCCAGUCCAAAGUUUGCUCGGGUCCUAUAGACUCUGGAUCCCAACGGCUUCAAACUGUAUUUUGCAUGCCACCGUCCCGGCGCGCCGCCGAUAACCCUCGCCCACGAUGCCCGCCCGCAUCAACAUCCCUCCCGUCACGCGCAUCACGCUCAUCGCAUUAACGCUGCAGUCCCUCCUCGGCUUCGCUAUCCGCUACAGACAAUGGACUGAGACCACCGAAGUUGUCGUACCCUAUUUGACGCUCGUCCCGCAGCUCUCGAUAGUCUACCCGUGGACCUUUAUAUCCUCCAGCCUCGUCGAGAGCAACAUCUUCACCCUCGCCAUCGGCGGCUUCACCCUUUUUAAUGGCGGCCGAUAUCUUGAGCGCGCGUGGUCCUCCAAGGACUUUACAAAAUUCUUGGUCCUCGUCUCGCUCGUACCAAACUUUUUGACGUUCUGCGUCAUGUACUUUUUCUUUAGCAUGACGCGCAACGAGCGCUGGACACUUACUCCUAUUGCUGGAACAAUCCCCGUACAAAUUGCCUUCCUCGUCGCAUUCAGCCAGCUGGUUCCAGCACACACCGUCACGCUAUUCAAGGGCGUGCUCUCGCUCCGCGUCCCGCGAUUCCCGAUCCUCUAUCUCGGAAUCAUCCUCGUACUGUCUCUGACGCCACUGCUAUCGAGGGCUGCCAUUUGGCUUGCGUUGUUCGGCUUCCUCACCAGCUGGACAUAUCUGCGAUUCUACAAGACCGUCUUCCCCGACCUCGAGUCCGGCCAGUCUGCGCCUCUGCGUGGCGACGCCAGCGAAACGUUUGCCUUUGCCGAGUUCUUCCCGGCACCCGUAAAGCCCGCUGUUGCCGCUGUCUCGAACCAAAUAUUCGACAUCCUUGUCGCCGUCAGAAUCUGCAGCCCGUUCUCCAACGAGACCUCGACAUUUAGAAGCGACGCACCCCUCUCAAGACGAGGUCCUGGAGGUGCUCGCGCCGAAGCCGAGCGUAGACGAGCCAUUGCGCUCAAGGCACUGGAUCAGCGUCUCAACGCUGCGACUAGCAACCCAAGCGCGUCUGGUCCCGCGGCAUCAUCGGGAUCGCCGGUGCAGACACAGCCUUCUCUGAGCGCUCAAACGGCCAUGGCCGCGCCGCCUGGCCAAAUGCUGGGGGAGACCAAGUAUGAGCCUGAGCAGGACGGCAUCGACAAGAAUUAAUACCCCGGAUCUUACACACUUGUAAGAAGCCAUUGCGAACCGCAGAAGGAAGCCCCGUAUCACAGCAUCACUACGAUGGGAAAGCUGCGCUUCACACAUAGGAAUUGUCAUAAUGUUUUACAUGUAUACUUACUUACUUAGCCUGGGAGAUAUAACAGCGGAGGACACAUUGUCUAAUAGCGAUGAUUUUAAUAGCACAUUGAAUGAAUCAAACGAUUAUCGACCCAAUUAGAACGGCUGUGGCGUUAUCCUAGUUCACGGGCUCAAUCUUGCCCGUGCUCACAUCAUAAAUGUAUCCCGAGAUGGGCACAUCCAGGACGAGCGGGCUCUUCUUGAGCAGCGCAACGUCGUCCCUGACGCUCUGCUCUAGAUCCUUGAAGGGCAAAAACGACAGGUGGUCGACAUUCUCGCCAAGCCCGUCGCGGAUCUUGUUGCGGAUAUCCUCGUCCGAGAAAGUGAGCAUUCCACAAUCGGU